AUGUUCAUGCACAAAGUCUUCCCUCUCCUCCUCGCCGCCCUGGCAACAGCAGACCCAACCGUCUACUUAAUUCGCCACGGCGAAAAACCAAGUAACGGAUCAACGGGUCUAAGUGCCCAGGGUCUCGAGCGGGCGCAAUGUUUGAAGAAUGUCUUCAGCGCUAGCUCCGAGUAUGAUAUUGGGUAUAUUAUUGCUGAAGAGCCGAAGAGUGAUGGAAAACGCGACCGUCCCUACGAAACGGUCGAACCCCUCGCAACCGAACUAGGACUUACAGUCGAUACAUCCUGCAGCAAAACAGAUGCGAAAUGCGUCAAAGACCUCGUGAAGGAUUACGAUGGAAGUGGAAAUAUUCUUAUCUGUUGGGAACAUGGGGAAUUAACAGAUAUUGUUGAUGAAUUGGGGGAUGAUAAUGCGCCGACUUAUCCUGAUGAUAGUUUUAACAUUAUCUGGACUGAUCCUUCGCCUUAUACGAAUAUUACGGCUGAGACUAGUGAGGAUUGUCCUGGGUUGGAUAGUUGA